GAUCCCCUUUCCCUAUAGUAGCACUGCCGUUUGCCUAUUUGGUAGAACGAAAAUAGCACUGCAACCUUGCAUUUGUUGCCGCUCCCUGUCCUUCGUCCUCAACAUCCACCUAGUGUGAGACCUACUUUGUGAGGGUCUUCCACAGAGGAAAGGAAAAGGUGUUCGGUGAGGAACCAGCCAGAGCCGGAGAUGGCGGAGACGGUGUUAAGCAUGGCGAGGUCCAUGCUGGGGGGCGCCAUCAGCAAGGCCACCUCUGCCGCGGCCACCGAGCUGAGCUUGGUGAUGGGUGUGCAGAAGGAUAUCUGGUUCAUCAAAGACGAGCUAAAGACGAUGCAAGCAUUCUUGUCAGCCGCUGAAGCAACGAAGAACAGAGACAUGCUGCUGAAGGUGUGGGCAGACCAAGUAAGGGACCUAUCCUACAAUAUAGAAGAUUGCCUUGAUGAAUUUAUGGUUCAUGUGAGGAGCCAAAGCCUAACAAAACGGCUGAUGAGGCUGAAAGAUCGUCGUCGGAUUGCUAUCCAAAUUCGCAACCUGAAAGCAAGAGUUGAAGAAGUGAGCAGCAGGAAUGCACGCUACAACUUGAUCAAGACAGAGGCCUCAACGACCAGUGACAAGGAGGUUUCUUACAUAGAAGAUGUACGUAAUCACUCGGCAAGCAACAUUGAUGAAGCAGAACUUGUGGGCUUUACAAAGCCUAGGGAGGAGUUGAUUAAGCUGAUGGAUGUCAACACAAGAGAUGGUAAUGCCAAAGUUAUAUGUGUGGUUGGCAUGGGUGGUUUAGGCAAGACUACUCUUACAAGAAAAACUUUUGAAAGUAAGGAAGAUAUUGUGAAGAAUUUUUCUUAUUGUGCUUGGAUCACAGUUUCACAGUCAUUUUGCAAGAUAGAAAUGCUCAAGGAUAUGACCAGGCAACUUCUGGGUGGAGAUUCAUUGAAGAACUUGUUGAAAGAACUUGAAGGGAAGGUGGUGCAAGUAAAGGACCUCGCCGAGUACCUCAAUCAAGAGAUUAAGGAUAAGAGGUACCUUAUUAUUCUUGAUGACUUGUGGACCAUAGAUGCAUGGAGGUGGAUUAAAGAUAUUAUUUUUCCUAAUAGUAACAAGAAAGGUAGUCGGAUAAUAGUAACAACACGUGAUGUUGGCUUAGCAAAGGAAUGUACUCUUGAAUCCCUUAUCUACCGUCUUAAACCCUUAGAGAUAGUCGAGGCCACAAAUUUGCUAAUAAAAAAGAGUAGGAAAAUAUAUGAAGACAUGGACAAAGAUGAAAACUUCAAGAGCAUAGUUGAAAAACUAGUUAAAAAGUGUGGUUGUUUACCACUGGCCAUACUCACAAUUGGAGGGAUCCUUGCCACUAAAAAGAUAGUAGAGUGGGAGCACGUCUAUAACCAACUCCCGUCUGAGCUUGAGAGUAACCCAAGCCUUGAAGCUAUGAAGAUGAUGGUUACUUUGAGUUACAACCACUUGCCAUCUCAUCUUAAGCCAUGUUUAUUAUACCUAAGCAUCUUUCCCGAGGAUUCAGAAAUCCAGAUGAGGCAUCUAGUAGAAAGAUGGAUUGCUGAGGGGUUGAUUAGGGGUGGGACUGGGAUGAACAUUGAGGAUGUGGCAAAAGGUUACUUUAAUGAGUUAAUCAACCGAAGCAUGCUUCAAGCAUCAAGGGUGAACAUAGAAGGAGUUGUGAAGAGCUGUCGAGUCCAUGAUAUUGUGCGUGAUGUCAUGAUCUCAGUUUCUAGAGAUGAAAAUUUUGUGUAUGUGGCACCAAGUAAUGUAACUGGUGCUAUGGAGGAGACAUUCCGACAUGUAGCAUACCAUGGUAGCAUAUGCCAAAAGAUAGAUAUGGAUUGGAGCCAUGUCCGGUCAGUAACUGUGUUUGGUGAGAGAUCAUUGGGUCCAUCACCUUCAGUUUGUUCACCUGACAUGAGAAUGCUCCGGGUCUUGGAUCUAGAGAAUGCACAGUUUCAAGUCACACAAAAGGAUAUCAACAACAUAGGAUUGUUUCGCCACUUAAAGUAUCUGAAUUUUUCUCAUCCUCGAGGAUAUUCACAUAUUUAUAAAGUUCCUAGAUCCAUAGGGAGAUUACAAGGCUUGCGCACUUUGAACAUUAGAGACAGUUAUAUUACAGAACUGCCAAAUGAGAUUUGUAAACUCAAGAGUCUACACAGUCUCCGUUGCAGCAGAAAUAAUUCAUAUCAAUACUUUUUUGACUGGGGUGGCCCCAUGAAUUGCUUGGUGGCCUCAUUUUUUGUGCCCAUUCUGUUCACACCUUUGCUUGAUCCUAGUGAGCGUGCUGAGCUACACAUGGCAUGGUCUAGCCGUUGGUCAUGGUCAUAUGGUGUGAAGGUGCCAAAAGGAAUCGGCAAACUGAAAGAGCUGCAAAUACUAGAGGUUGUGGACAUCAGCCGAACUAGUUGCAGUGCAAUUAAAGAGCUAGGUGAGCUUGUGCAGCUGAGAAAACUGAGCGUGGUAACAGAAGGGGUCACCAAGCAGAAAUGCAAGGUACUGUGUGAUGCCAUUCAGAAGCUCACUUCCCUCCGCUCUCUUCAAGUGGACGGUUCACUCGAGUGGCUGCAUGCUGUUUCCUCUCCUCCUCCCCUGUUGAGGAGUCUGAAUUUGGAUGGGCACCUUGGAGAGAUUCCUGGCUGGGUUGGCAGUCUGAUGCAUUUGGUCAAGCUUUACUUAUCGGGCAGCAAAAUAAAGGAAGAAGGUAACAUCAUGGAAAUACUAGGGCCACUUCCCAACCUCAUACAGCUUUUUCUUGGAUACAUGUCUUAUAUUGGGGAGAAGUUGGUGUUCAAAACGGGGGCAUUCCCAAAUCUCAAGAAACUGGAUACUCACGGUGUGUGGCAACUGAGAGGGGUGGAAUUCGAGGAUGGCACCUCAUCCCAGCUGGAAACGAUAGGUAUCAGUUGUUGCAGUUUGGCAUCAGGAAUUAUUGGUAUCAACCACCUUUCAAGUCUCAAGGAGAUCGCACUUGGUUCCGAAGGUCGAGUGGCGAAGCUUGCUAUGCUGCAAAGUGAAGUGGACGCACACCCCAACAGUCCCGUGCUGCGACUGGAGAGGGGCCAGAGCCAUCACGACCUGGGGGGUGUCGUCGUCCAAGUGGAAGAAGCAACGGAGGAAUCGCCAUCUCCGCAUGCUGAGCCUGAAGCAGCGGUAGUGACGACAAACCUCAGCCAAGAUGGUCUGCUUUACACUUACAAUUCAUGCUGACUCAAUUCUGCCAGUUCCACCACAAGCUACCCUCUGCAGGUACGGCUCAAAUCUUGCUCCGUUUCUUUUUUGUGUUGGUUCGAUUUGGUUUCCUUUCAGUACGCGCCCACGCAUUUUUAAGCUGCACCUGAUUAUAUAUGGGCAAAGCAGACAGCCAGACACUUGGAUCAUACUUCAAAGUGGUUCAGCUGGAGGUGCAGGAGGAUACAAAUGGAGUACUCAGGAGGGGUGGCAUGACAACUGCAAGAGACGCCAGAAUAUUCUGGCGGUUGGGCGAACACCUCUGCAAUCUUGGAGCAAGCUAUAACGUCAUUUCCAGAGGACCAGAGGCCGCCGCCGACAAUCAGUUCUUCGCCAUGGAAUUGAUCAACGCGAUGUCAAAUCCUAUUUUCUUGGACUCCUUCCGCUUCCAGUCCCAGCUGGAACAUCAGUUGACUGCAUCUUGCAAUGUUCAGAGGAUAAUCAUGAUGAUCUUUUGCUAAUUUUCAAUAGAGACUUGCUUUGUUUGCGAGUGGCUCUCUGUUUGUAUGAUGCCAUACUAUAUUUUGGACCGAAUCAUAACUGAAGAAUGACGAGACCUGCUUACUGUAUAAGAUUGUGCUCUGAAGAAUGACGACACCGACGAAGAGCACGAACAGCCAAGAUGACAUACCGUACACAUACAGGCCCAGUCCAAUAACCAUGCCGCUAUAUAACUGCAUGAUCAUCAGGCAAGUGCCGUUAGGAGUUCAGACUUGUGAAGAAAAUCAGCAGCUACAAGUACACUUUAUUCAUCACUAAACGAAAAAGUGGGAACUUCCUGCAGCCUGCAGGAAGUUGGGAUUCCUCAACCUGGGACAAGCUGGAGCAUGGCAUGAUUAAACUCACGAUGCAAUUAAUGCGACUUAUGGCGGUGGAUUACCUGAUUUUCAGCUGAAGGUUGCAUAUUAGCAAGGAGCCAACUGGCGGAAGGUGCCAUGGAAGUACCAGAGGAAUGUUGAUAUUACGGAGAAGCUGGAGCAACUCUCAGACAUGAGGUCUGAGCAGGGUGCAUGCCUCUGCAGCUGAAUUGAACAAAACAUUUCAGCCAUCCAGUGCUUGAAAAGGAAACUGAAUGUUCUGAAGUGUGAACUGUGAUCACACCAUAAAUGCUGGCGAGACGACAUUGGAAAAUGCAAUGGACUGCACUACACAAGAUGCUGCUACCAAUCAAGCUGCAUAUAUGUAAUGUUAUGCUGCAAUUGACCAUCACGUUCAGCUCUCCAAGUUCUCUCUGCUGGCAGGCAGCCUCUCAUAUGGUGCAAGGUGAAGCUGAGAGGGACCUCAACGUUUCUACUCUGUGAAUGGAAGAGGAGUGCAUUGAUCUUCGGGUUUCAAUGCAAUGAAAGGGGAGUAGCAAGCUGCGACGCCAUUUUGAGAUCUCAGAAUGUUUACAAGUUGCAAGUGUUGGCCCAGAUGAAAAAUUGGGUUCUUAGGGAACACCAUGGAAUGGAAUAGAUGGUCAACCUGAUGGAAAUACCUUCAAUUUUGAAUGCAGACUUAUUUUGUUUCCUAGUACUCUGUUUUCCUAGAGAUGAUUGAUUGCUCUCCAUUUGUUGCUGCCACUAUGUCUGCGCUUGUUUGUAAACAGAGAAUAAUGAUUGCAUCUGUCCUUAUCCAU